AUGGAGAAGGUGAACAUCGAACCUUGUGUGAAGAUGGACACCCAAACCCUUGAUCUUCUCAAGAUAAGAGAUGAUGUCACAUGGUACAUAAGGAAGCUAGGCUUGAGCAAGCUCUUCAAGCUAGAGUGCAGUGAGUACUCACAACUCACCAAGGAGUUCCUCUCCACAGUAGCUCUUGCCUUUCCCAACCACAAUGGAGACCAACCAGCUGGUGAUGGACUCCUACUCUUCAAGAUAGGCGAUGCCAAUGGGCGCAUCUCCAUCUCAGCUCUAUGCCAACUCUUUGGACUUCCCAAUGAGACAGCACAUGACUUCAAGGAGAACUCAAAGAGGAAACAAGCUGCCUUUGCUGAUUGGACACACUUUGCCAAUGAACCAUUCUUGCCUUCAAGAUCAAAGGUGUCUAGAAUCACUCAUCCAGCCAUUCGCUAUGUGCACCGCCUCAUCUCCACCACUUUCCAAUGCAAACAAGAAGCCAACAAGGUCACAACUGAUGAGUUCUACAUCCUCACCACACCAUUCAUCAAGCAUGAGUACAAGGCCAACCUUGAUAUCCCAAGCCUACGCUCAGGUGUUGUCACUUUCCAGCCCAAGGAGGAAGACUUCUAUGUUCCAUCAAGUGAGAAACCAUCAUUCCCCAUCCUCACCUAUCGCACACUUCAGCGCACAGUCAAGACUCAACGCCGCCACCAAGAACGCCAUGUUCUCACCUGGCAUGGCCGCGCACCAAGCUCUAGACCGUGUGAGCAAGCUGGAGAAGAUGUGGAGUGCCAAUCUCGCUUCAUCUCACGCCUAGUUCGUGUAGUUCGCCACAUUGCACCGGAGAGACUCUUUCGCCCUUCUUCCACCGCUAGAGAGCCAUAUGAGCCUGACCUUGGUGAGUUCUCACUAGACUCAGAGCUUGGUUCAGAAGGCGAUGACCCCAUAGAUGAGGAAGAGAGUUCUUCUCACUGCCACACAUAG